AUGUUCGCCCGCACUCCCAUCGCCCAGUCGGUCAGGUCUGCAGCGGCCCGCGCCCCGCGUGCGCCUGCCGGCCUGCCUCGCCCCAAGGCCCAGCAGAUGCGCUUCCAGUCUGUCAAGUCGUCCGCCGAGCAGGCCCGGGAGGCCGAGUACGCUGCCCAGCUCGUCAAGAUCAAGACAGCAGCUAGGGCGAGGAACAUGACCCUCCUCACCGCCGGUCUCAUCUUUGCUGCUGGCGCCAUGGGCUUUGCCAGCGGCUCGUUGAUCAACCCCUCCAUUUUCCUCUCGAGCCACCUGAUCCCUUCCGAGGAGGCUAUCCAGCUGCAGGAGAGCCAGCAGCCCAAGUACGGCACUGCAGACGACUACAAAAAGGCCAUUAGGGAUAUUCGCAAGCUCUUUGUGUCGCGCGGCGCAGACGACCGUGUCAGCACCGACGAGGACGACCUGCGCAGCCACGGAGUCAGCGACUGGAGCUACCACGAGGCCGAGCUGCCCACCGUCGUCGUCUGGGUCGAGUCGACCAACGAGGUCCAGGAGAUUGUUCGCAUUGCCACAAAGUACCGCGUCCCUAUCACCCCCUUCUCGGGCGGUACCUCGCUCGAGGGCCACUUUGCCAGCCCCUAUGGCGGCAUUUCGCUCGAUGUGUCGCGCAUGGACAAGAUUAUCAGCAUCUCGGAGCCCGACGGAGAGGCCGUCGUCCAGGCCGGUGUCAAGUGGGAGGACCUCAACGAGCACCUGGCCAAGCAGGGCAUCAAGCUGUUCUGGCCCGUUGACCCGGGACCCGGUGCCACGCUCGGCGGCAUGGCCGGUACCGGUUGCUCGGGCACCAACGCCGUCCGCUACGGUACCGCCAAGGACCACUGGUUUAUCAACCUCACUGUUGUCCUCCCGACCGGCGAGGUCAUCAAGACCCGCUCGAGCGCACGCAAGUCGUCGGCCGGCUGGGACGCUACCAAGCUGUUCCUCGGCGCCGAGGGCACCCUCGGCAUUGUCACCGAGAUGACUGUCCGCCUCGCCCCGCUCCUCCCGACCAAGGUCGCCAUUGUCAACUUCCCCUCGGUCGAGGCCGCUGUCCGCGCCGCUACCAGGGUCGUCAACCACGGCUACCCCGUCCAGUGUGUCGAGUACCUCGACGGCCGCACCAUGAAGGCCAUCAACCUCGGCGGCCUCGCCGGUCGUACCUACCCAGAGACCGACACCCUCUUCUUCAAGUUCCAGGGUACCGACAAUGUCAUGGCCGAGGUCGCCAAGGGCGUCAAGACGCUGGUCGCCGAGGACGGCGGCAAGGGCUUUGAGUUUUCCAAGACUGAAAAGGAGGGCGACGACCUCUGGGCCGGCCGCAAGGCUGCCCUGUGGUCGGUCUUGGCCCUGCGCGACAACGCAAAGGUGUGGACCACCGACGUCUGUGUCCCCAUCUCCAAGCUGCCCCGCCUCGUGCAGGAGACGGCCGAGGACUUUGAGAACCGCGGCCUCGAGGCAUGCCACUUUGGCCACGUCGGCGACGGCAACGUCCACACCCUCGCCCUGUUCAGCAACGACGAGGAGCUCGCCAAGGUCCGCGUCGCAGUGCACGACAUGGUCGAGCGCGCCAUCCGCAUGGGCGGUACCUGCUCGGGCGAGCACGGUGUCGGUAUCGGCAAGAUCGAGUACCUGUCCGAGGAGCUUGGUGACGGCACUGUCAACCUUAUGGAGACUGUCAAGCGUUCCAUUGACCCCCACAACCUCAUGAACCCGGGCAAGAUCUACCCGCACAUCAGGCCCGUCGGCGGCAACCACACGUUCACCGGGCUCCAGCCCACCUCCAAGUCGGCCCACUAG